CUUCUUCGCUUAUAAGAGUGACUUCGCAGUUCCCAGCUCACGCUGCCAAAUUCGUUCGCACUUCUGAAUAAUCGUUACUCAACGACUGCUCAGUCAUCAAGAUUACCCACCUUCGAUUCUCUCUAUGGCGGCUCAAGAAGACCAAGAUUCACCUGCAAUCAUCGAUUCAGUUGCUCGGCAAGACGAUGUAUUGCAGAGCACUAUUGAAGAGACACAAGAACCGGUUCGUGCUUCCGCUGCCGAAGUAGACGAGAAUUCGCUUCUUUCUUCAAACGACAAGAUUGAUGCAUGUGUAUUGGGGUUUAGUCCUUCUUGUUGUGACGGAAAAGUUGAAGAUUUUUCAAGAGAAGGUCAGAAUAUGGUCGAAGGAGUCCUAUUGGCAGAAAAGUGCGAUAUGGAUACUGUCUCAGUUGACAAGAAAGACGAUGAAUUCCAGAGCACUAUUGAAGAGAUGCAAGAAGCGGUUCGUGCCUCCGCUGCCGAAGUAGACGAGAAUUCUUUUGCUUCUUCAAACGAUGAGAUUGAUGCACGUGUAUUGGGGCCUGGUCCUUCCUGGUGUGACGGAAAACUUGGAGGUUCUUCAAGAGAAGGUCAGAAUAUGGUCGAAGGAGCCCUGUUAGCCAAAAACCGCGAUGCGGGUAUUGUCUCAAAUGUCGAAGGAGCGAGACAGACUUGUGAUUCUGAGAAGCUUGAGCUUCAGAAAGGAGCUGUGGACGGUGAUGGCAUGAAAGAGAGUAGUUUCUUUGAACAACGUAUGCAUCGAUUUGGAACCCAAGACUGGAGGGUGCUCCAUGAAAAGGCCGCCUCAGAGCGUAGUUUCACUCCUAUGGUAAACGGAGAUUCGGUAUCAGAGAAUGCCUUGGAAGUCAAAAAGAAAUUGCUGCUUGAAGAGCUAGAAGCUGUUCUGCGGCCGGAAGGCGACCUUGCCGCUCGGAAGUUACCUGGUUGUAAACUCAUACAAGAAGACUUUAUAAUUCCACGUUCCUUAGGAAUUGAAGUUAUUGAUGAUACAGCGUUGAUUGAGACUGUUCCUGCUCGUGCUAUAGGAAGGAAAACGGAUGUUUUGGGAAAUAGGAAAAGUACUGGAAAGGAUGCAAUAAAAGAAAUAGAUGCAAAGAAUGGUAAAAGAUCAAGAAGAAAAGCGAAGGGAGCAAAGAAUAUUUUGGGGAUAGAUGGAAAAACUCGGGCGGAAGAAGCUCGAAGUCCUUCUGGAGAUAGGAAGGAAGGAGCCAAGAGAAAAUACACGAGGAAGGAGAUUGAGGCUGUGAGAUUUGUAAAUAUGGCAGCACAGCGGAUGCUUUGGAAAGCAAUAUACGGUGGGCUUGACUUUGCUGUGGCAAAUGAGUAUGACAACUUGGUGAGCAGUGAGCAUCAGAAGAAUAUACGUUUGAACCAUGAUUCCCAGCAAUGCCUCCGAAAGAAGAAAGAAGCCCCGGCGAUUCCUAUGUGUUCUGAAAAUAUGGAUAAUGAAUUACCACAAAUAAACAGUAAUGAAAAUGUGAAUCCUAUGGACCCUUCCUGUAGCAAUAAUCUGGGUGAGGAGAACAGGGGCACAGUUUCUGAAGUUGAGUGCUAUGAAGAUGAAGAUAGUGACAGUGAUUAUGAUAGCAUUCAGAAACCUGCCUUUUUGGUCGAUGGAGAACCAAAUUUUGAUUUGGGUCCACCAGAUGAUGGAUGGGAAUAUCUUAGGCGUGUCAGAUGGGAAGCUGCUCAAAUCCCUAAAGUGACGAUAGCCAAACUUGAUAGAAGUAAACUUGACAAGGAACAAAGUGCUUACAUGCCCAAGAUUCCUGAUAUGGCCAAAUGUCCUGAGCAUCUCUUGCCAUCAAAGCAGUGGGAGAAUGCAUUUCUUACUGAAUUUUCAGAGCUUAGAGCGAAACUCUCGCAGCUUGAUGUUUCAAGGGUGCAAGCUGUGAAUUCCCUAGAAUUAACUGUGAACGAGUCUGGCACUAGUAGUGUUGUAAUGAUCGAGGAACCCCAGCAUCAUAGCCAUGAGAGCAUCAGGGAGACCACUGAUCAAACUACCUUGACUACAGAAGAGAAGGAUACUUCCAGCAGCUGUCCUUUGCUGUCUACAAUUUUAAGAAUGGACUCUGUAGCCCGAGUGUCAAUGUUGCAUAAACGGAUUCGCUCGCUGGAGCCGAUAGACGCGAUCACAAGAAAUGAUUGCAUGUGGCUGUUUGCUCUCUGUGCAACAGUUGAUGCUCCACUGGAUGCUGACUCUUGUGCUGCUUUAAGGAGCCUGCUACGGAAGUGUGCUAACUUACGAGCUAUGAAGACCGAACUCGAUGAUGAAGUCGUGAUGCUGAAUAUACUAGCGGCAAUUUCAGGCAGGUAUUUUGGACAGGCUGAAAACUAAGUUGGGUUUUGUAACCUCACGACUUUUGUCCUCAUCCGCUUUGCACAAAGUGUACCUGUUUGUUUGUUGUCAGAUUCUCACUCCCUUGAAAUUUUUUUGAAAGCACCGUUUGUGGACUUUUUAAAGUUUAAUUUCCAAGUAUUUUUCUCUUCAAUUUUGGAAAGCAAAUAACUCAAGAAAUAUGCUUCU